AUGGUAAGGCCACCAUUGAAGUGCCACACCCUGCCCAGCAUCGACUUCAGGGCAUACAACGGCGGGGGAGAGCCAAACAAACGCCCAAUUAGAGAUAGCUCUCCGCGGGCAACUCCAGCAGCCACAUCGUCAUCACCGAACUGCACCACAAUUGCCAUUUUCAAAGAACGCACAGAAGCAAGAACAACAAGCAAAUCAGAAGAUUCAAUUGAAUUGAGACCAAGACCCAUAAUCCCACCCCGAAGGGAACCUGGAUUUAUAGCCAUUGGCUCCGAAGAGCCAGGCCCCGUCUCCGCACAACGGCAGGAAGCUAGAUCGGCACAGGCGCACGAAGGCGGUUUCCAGGCGCACAAGGCGAUUCACCUAUCGUCGGCACAGGCGACGAAACAGAUUCCUCGGCAAACUUUCACCUCCCCUUUUCCGUUCUCAAUUGACGAUUCACUCUCUGGGUUUCCGCAAGAAAUCUACUUUGUGGCAACGAAAAGCCCCACCAGGCAAAAAUAA